AUGACAGAAUCCACCUGGACCUCGACCCCAUGGGCUAUAGUCGGGAAUGGGAAUGGAGUUUUACACAAACGGCGUGUGCCGUACGUGUCCGACUCAACAUAUCUUCAAACACUAGACCUUUGGAUCCCGAGUCAAGGUAUUGAGGAUAUUGGAACCGCAGCAGAUUCCUCCGCCGCAAUACCAUGUCGAAAGGGUCCUUGGAUUGUCUAUAUCCACGGUGGCGCCUGGCGCGACCCGCUCGUGGAUUCGUCUUCGUUCGAACCAACAGCACUCAGACUGCUCGAAAGAACAUGCCUGGAAGAACGUCCAGCUAUUGCUGGAAUUGCGUCUCUAAACUACCGCCUUUCCCAACACCCUCGACACCCGACGCAUCCAUCGCCUCCCCGCGACCCUGAAGCUCCAGUCGAUCCUUCUCGCACCGCUAAACAUCCAGAUCAUAUCUGCGACGUUCUGGCAGGGCUAUCAUACCUUCAGAAGAUUGGAGCCCUCGGGAUGGGAUAUAUCCUUGCGGGGCACAGUUGCGGUGCGAUGUUGGCAUUUCAGGCCGUUAUGGAUCACAAACGCUGGGGCUUUGGCGGCUCUAUACCGCUGAAAAGGCCGCAAGUAAUCGUUGGUCUAAACGGUCUCUAUGACCUGCCCAGGUUUCUUUCGCGGCCCGAUGAAUCUCAUGGCGACAUUGCUCCCAUCUACGAUGCCUUUACGAGGGGCGCCUUUGGGCAGGACAAGGAGGUUUGGGCUUCCGCAUGUCCCACUGCCGUGGACGACUGGUCAACGGAAUGGCCGGAAGGACGGAAGGUAGUACUCGCACAGAGCCAUACUGAUGAGCUGGUUCCAUAUUCUCAGACGGCGCAUAUGAAACUCCACCUCACUUCGCGAGCAACAACCUGGUUGAGAGUUGAGGAGGUAGCGGCUACCGGGAGACACAACGAAAUGUGGCAAAUCCCUGAAGAACUAGUACGGAUUUUGCUGGAAGUGGUGGAAUCCUUUGAAGAAUUAGAAUAG